CCAGUUGGCAAUAUGGAAGCUGUAUGAGGCCAAGUUUGUGCAAUUCUCUGAUAUUUUUUUAAGCAAAAACAUAUUGCUGUAUAUACAAAGACAGCAACAAUGUAAAAAAUAAGGAUUUCUUGGAAAAGAUGAAAUAGACAGUUACAUGUAUCAGAGUGUUGGACAUAAUGUUUUAGAGUUAUAUGCUUCGGCCAUGGGUCUGCCAUUGUUUCGUGAAAGCAUUAGAGGAAAAGCCAUAAAUCAAAAUUUUGAUUAUCAUCCUACUGAAGGCGAUGAAGUAGAAGAUUUAUAUAAUUUGCUUCUUAAAGUGAAGAAUUCUAUGGAAAUAGAAGCUGUUUCUGUUGGUGCAAUUUUUUCUGAUUAUCAAAGACUUCGAGUUGAAAAUGUUUGUAAAAGACUAAAUCUUCAAAUGCUUGCAUAUUUAUGGCACAGGGACCAGAAGGAGUUACUGAAUGAAAUGAUUGAAUCUGGAAUUCAUGCUAUUAUAAUUAAAGUUGCUGCUUUAGGAUUGGAUCCAAAGAAGCAUUUAGGGAUGUCUUUGGAAGAUAUUCGCCCUCAUAUGAUUGCUUUGAAUAAGAAAUUUGGACUUAAUAUUUGUGGAGAAGGUGGGGAGUUUGAAACUUUCACUCUUGACUGUCCUAUGUUCAAGCAGAAACUUGUAGUAAGAGAUAAAGAAAUUAUUAUACACUCAAAUGAUGCUUUUGCUCCUGUUGGAUAUCUAAUUCUGAAGGAUGUAAUUUUAAGCCAAAAAAGUGAUGAAAAACAGCAAAAGAAUGAAUGGCAGAGGUGAAAUUUAAAGCAUUCCUGAAGGUUAAUGUACUAUAUUUUGUUUUGCUGAAUGUACAUUUAAAAAACAGAAUGGACUUAACAGCCAACAUUGUCUGUUAAUAUUUUUUUAAUGUAUUUCUAUUUAUAUAUAAAAACAAAAUAAAGGGUAAGAAAAAUCAGGCCAA